AAAGGCCAGCGCCGAAACCACAGAUCAGCUGGCUGCUGGCGGCGCGGAAACUGUUUGUGUCGCUGCCUGUGUUGAAGGGUGUGUGUCCCUGCCUGUGUUGAGGGUUUGUGUCGCUGCCUGUGUUGCCUGGAGGACACGGCACGACCCAGCGCCCUCAAACACUGAAGGAAAGGGCCCUGGCGGUGACUGUUUGGAGCCAGGAGGGAAACACGACGUGCAAGCCCCAGCCAUGACCCCAGCCAUGAGUGAGUUCCGCAUCCACCAUCAAGUGAGUGAGCUCUUCUCGCUUCUUGGGAUCACGUCAGACUCGGCGGAGCAGUACACGGAUCAGCUGAGGGAUUCCGUGGAGCGCAUCGUCAGCGGGAAGGAGUCGGCUGCUGGGGCCGUCCGCAUGCUCGCUGAGACGUCCCCCGACCCCCAGGCCUUCCUCUCCAAGUACAAUGAGCUCAAGAGUCGCAACGUGCACGGACUUGAUCCCUUGGUGGUGGUGCUGAGCGGGCUGGUGCAGGAGCCAUCAGUGAGGCAGGCUGUGGAGGGCAGGUCCAGGCUGAGGCUGGAGGAGGAUGGCCUGUCCCUCACCACCGUGCCGUCCAUCCUCUCUGAUGUGGAGGAGGUCACGCAGACGACGCUCUCCAGGGACCAGCUCAAUGCGCUGCGGGAACGACUACUGCGCGAGUCCCAGGUGAACCACGCCCCCAGUGACGCCCUCAGCAGCAUGGAGAGGACAGCCGAGCACAAGACUCCCUGCGUGGGCCCUCCGACACCCGAGUGGCUGGAGAACAGGCCGUACCUCUCCCUGGAUUUUGUCAAGGCGGAGGAGAGGCAGGAGUGCGGGUUCUUGGGGGAUAUCGCGUCCACCUCACAGGAGCACCAGCUGAUUGAAGACGUGCUGAGCGUCAUGAUGGGCAUAGAGGGCAUGUACAUCACCGUUCAGCUGCCCGCCAAGAGUUACGACCCGCCACAGUUCACCAUUGACGUCUCUGUAGAGCCGUCCCUCAGAACCCUGGUGAGCCGCAUCCUGCCAUUGUGUGGCCACUACUCGCAGCUCAUCAGCUUCGUGGAGAGCCGCAGCAGCUACCACCAUGGCCUCGUCAACCAGGCGCUCUCGGCAGCCAUCACCUCCCUCAUCAGAGACUAUAUGCUGUUGGUGACGCAGCUGGAGGAGCUGCAUCACCGGUGGGCGCUGACCCUGCACAAGCUGUACUUCUACGUGGAGAAGACCAUGGCGGUGAUGGACAUGUUGGCCUCAGUGACCAAAGUCAUCCGAAAGUCUGGUGCUCACGGAGGUGCUGUCCUGAGCCUCCUCCAUGACCGCACCGUCAGCCUGACAGGGUGUGGCCAGCUGCAGGAGGUGAUGCUGUUCCUCACACAGUCGGCCGCAGUGCCCUACAUGGACAUGCUGACCAAGUGGCUCAACAGAGGCAUCAUUUAUGACCCCUAUCAGGAGUUCAUGGUGGUGGACCGAGAGGGCGGAUCGGAGGACAGCGAGGAGGAGGACCCCGCCGACGACUACUGGGAGAAGCGCUACACAAUGGUGUCGCAGAACAUCCCAACCUUUCUCCAGCACCACGCCACGGUCAUCCUGCGCACCGGGAAAUACCUCAACGUCAUCAGGCAGUCAGACCAAAGUGUGGUGUGCCCUGACCCUGGAGUGCUGGUGUACGGCCUGUGCCCCCGCUCCUACGCUGAGCUCAUUGAGAAGGCCUACAACUUUGCAUCGAAGAGGCUGCUGGAGCUGCUCAUGAAGGAGAAGGAUCUCAUGGGUCGCCUCAGGUCCGUGAAGCACUACUUCCUGCUGGACCAAGGCGACUUUGUGGUGCAGCUGAUGAGUCUGUGCGAGGAGGAGCUGAGCAAGAACAUUGACGAUGUGCUGCCCACCCGGCUGGAGUCCCUGCUGGAGCUGGCCCUCAGGACGUCAGCCGCAAACUCUGACCUCUACAAAGAUGACAUUGAGUGUGACCUUCAGCCCAUCACACUCAUGAACCAGAUGUUGCGGAUACUCAGCAUUGAGACUGAGGAUGAGCGCGAGUACUACCCCCAGGAGGAGCGGCUGCAGCUGACUGGCUUGGAAGGCUUCUCCCUGGGCUACAGAGUCACCUGGCCGGUCUCCCUGGUGCUGGACAAGAAGACCAUCGCCUGCUACCAGAUGAUCUUCAGGCACCUGUUUUACUGCAAGCACGUGGAGAGGUUGCUCUGCAGAGUGUGGGUCAGCAAUAAGGUGGCCAAGAGCUUUCCCCUGUCCGCCUCUCGCACCUACACGGCCGCCUUCGCUCUGAGGCAGCGGAUGCUCAACUUCAUCCAGAACAUUGAGUACUACAUGAUGUUUGAGGUCAUCGAACGGAACUGGCAAACUUUCAUCAGCAAAAUGCAGAAGGUGGACAACGUGGAUGAGGUGCUGGCCUUCCACAACGACUUCCUCAGCGGGUGCCUCAAGGACUGCAUGCUGACCUCACCGGAGUUGCUGCGGAUGAUCUCCAAGCUGACAUCCAUCUGUGUCAGC